AUGGAGGAAGUUCUGGACGCGGCCUUCGUGAGCGAUUACCUAUCGUGUCCGGUGUGUCAUGAUAUGUUUAGUGCGUUGAAAAGAAGUGCGCACAGAGCACAGUAUUGUCUCUUUUAUAGACGCGGCGGACAGAAUUCCGCUGGUGUUCAAGUGUGGUCAUUCUGUGUGCGAGGGUUGCACUCGAAGCUUGAUGGAUGGCGGACGGGCUCGGAGCAUGAUGUGUCCGGUGUGCAGAAAAAUGCAUGAUGUGAGAUACGCGGGCAGAAUGCCGUUUCCGAAGAAUUACACGAUGGCGGCUAUAAUAGAGAAAGUGAGCGAGUUGCGGAGCAGACAGAACGAACAAGAGUUCACGGAGAGAAGAAACACGUGCAGAGAGUGUCAGCAGGACGUCCAGGAGCAUCAGUCAGUUGUUCCGUUUCCACUUUCCUAAAUUCUCUGCCUUUUCAGGUUGACCCAGUGUGAAUGUGUCCAAGGAGUUCACUGUGGACAAGUUGACUUCAUGGUCAGAUUGUUUUGAGGAAGUUGCUCGAAAUUGGAAUUUCUAAUUUUAGAAUCGACCUAAAAAUUUGUUGAUCUGUUUGGAUUGUAUCGAAGAAAGACACCACGAGCACGACUACAAGCCAUUUCCGGCGGUUACUGUGAGUAGAAUCGAAGUCUCGAAGACUGUACAACAUUUCAGGCGGCGUGGGACUGCAUGAAAGAAUGCACUGAUAUGAAGAUACAGGCGAAAAAGUUGCGCGAAAAGACGGCGGGAAUUGAGAUGUCUCUGAAAAACGUUCUGCUAGUUUUGUCAAAUUUGAAUCAAGUGGGUUCAAGGCUAGUCAAACCCAAUAUCUAAUUUCGAAACUUUUCAGAAAAUUGAGAAAACAAGCAAUAGACUAGCUGCCAGACCGACUUCAGCUGCCCAUCUCAGAACGCUCGAGGACUUCAACACAAAACUGCAUUCGAUUGAAAAAGACAUGACGGGCAUGAGUCGAGCGGUUUUCGCGAACACUGGUAUUAUGGAGGUAAUUGGAAAUAUUUGUCAUUUAUUAUGGCGGCAUUUGACUGCAAUCGGGCUCUACCGCAAUCCCACGUGAAAACCCGGUCGCGAUCGCGAUCUUUUAGCACUGAAUUCACGGUAUUUGCGGUAGAGCGCGAUUUCAGUCAAAUGUACCCCUAAUAGAUAUCAUUAGUUCCUCAUUCUAGAAAAAUUCGCAAUUUGUCAAAGAGUACUCAACGAAAGGAGGACUUCCGUAUGACCCCAACCGACUGCCUCUUCUACGCAGGGCCGAUGGAGCAGCAGAAAAUGCUGACGGUUUAGCGAUCGGAGACGGCGCAGUUGUUCGAAUCGGCAACGACGGAAACAUCCAACUGCAAAUGAAUGUUGCUCUGAACGACGCCGAAGAUCCGGUGGCUGCUGAGAAUCAGAUCGUGCAAGCAAUUCAACACAAUCUGGUGGGAGCAUUGCCUGUGCUCAGGCAGCAUUUGGAACGUGGCGGAAACGAUAUUCAAAAUAUUCAAAGAAUCGAUGCAGACGCUGAAGAAGAGGAUGGAGGCGGAGAAGAAGACGAUGAAGACGAUGACGAAGUUCGGGAUGUAGAGGGGCAAGCAAGAUUUAUAAUCGAGGAUCCAGAACCGAUUCUCGACCAGCUUCAUGACCUGCAUCGGCAAGUUCGCCAGGCACGUCUUCGAGCUCUGGAACAGUUGCACGCUCAAGAAGUGCCCGAUAAUGCCGAAUUUGAAGUUCGACAUGAAAUGAUUAUCAAUUUCGAUCCUAACCAUCAUGGCGCACAGGCAGAAGUGGAGCGACUCCGAAGGGUUGUGCAAAGAGCAUUUGAAAGACGCGGAAAUGUCGAAGAAAGAAUGGUACUGGUUCCUCCUCCUGGGCAACCGGCAGCAAUGCCUCCGGUACAGGCGCCACAGCCUCGAAGAAGAGGGAGACCGCCUGGCCAGGCCAACAAUGCGAGGCGAAUUGCACGAGUUCGUCCCGAACCAAUGAAUCAUAGAUAUCAACUGAGAAACCGUAGAGGUCAAUCUCCUUUCCCCAGAAUCCUAUAAAUCUCAAUUUUCAGACGGACGCGCUAGAAGAUGA